AUGCACCUGGAAGCCGCCCGGGCUCAGUGGCCGAGAACAGUGGAACAGUGGAGCGCACCGCCUGUGGCCCUUCCUGCCUCGGCGUCGUCGUCUCUGGCCGGUAUCCGGGACCUGCUCAAGGUCUCGGACGAGGUGGCUCACGCCGUCGCUAACAACAAGCCCGUUGUGGCCCUCGAGUCGACCAUUUACACUCAUGGCGCUCUGGGCAACGACCUGGCACGUGAGCACUCUGAUCUGGUCCGGAACCACGGUGGCGUCCCCGCCAUCAUUGCCAUUGUCGAUGGCGUGCCCAAGGUUGGCGCGACGACAGAGGAGAUUGUUCGUAUGAUUGAAAGCGGAAAUGCUGCCAAAGCAUCUAGGAGGGAUAUCGCGUACCUCGUGGGAAUGGGUCUGGCUGGACACAAGAUGCAUGGUGGCACAACCAUUUCAGGCACCAUGUUGCUGGCAAGACUAGCGGGCAUCCGAGUGUUUGGCACCGGUGGCCUCGGUGGUGUUCACCGCGGAGGAGAAGACUCCAUGGACGUCUCGGCGGAUCUCACUGAGCUGGGACGCACCCGGGUCGCCGUCAUCAGUAGUGGAUGCAAGGGAUUCCUUGAUAUCCCGCGUACUCUCGAAUUCCUUGAGACCCAAGGUUGCCAUGUAUCGACAUUUGCGGAUGGAAGGACUGGCAAAGUUGACUUCCCUGCCUUCUGGGCGCGGGAUAGUGGCGUCAAGAGCCCUUCCGUUGUCAACACCGAGAAGGAGGCCGCAGCCAUCAUUCUGGCCCAGGAGAGGCUCGGUAUCGAGUCUGGCUUGCUCUUUGCAAACCCAAUUCCAGAGGAAUUUGGAAUUCCUGCCCUCGAGAUGCAGGCUGCCAUUGAGUUGGCUGUGAACGAGGCCAAUGAGAAGGGCUUCACUGGCAGCGCCAACACUCCCUACAUCCUGAAUCGGCUGAAGCAGAUCACGGGAGACAAGGCAGUCGUUGCAAACAAGGCCCUGGUCACGGCAAACAUCACCCGGGCCACUAACAUCGCUGUCGAGUUGUCGCGAUUGCUGUCGUCCGACUCGGAGGAGGUGACGAUUUCCAAUCCAUACCCUGUUUUGCCCAAUAAGGACGCUUCCAGCCAACCAAAGAAGGCCGAUGCUGCCCCCGAGACCCAGAGCAAGGCGGACAUUCUUGUUGCCGGAUCCGUAGCGAUUGACCUGAGCUGUGACUAUUCCGCCCCCAAGUCUGGUGAAGUUUCACCUGCGCUCCAUACCUCAAACCCGUCGUGCAUCAGCCAGUCGAUUGGCGGAGUCGGUCACAAUGUUGCCCUCGCUGCCCACUUGGUCAGCCAGCAGGCUCGUGUCAGGCUGUGUAGCAUGGUCGGUGAUGACGUAGCCGGCUCGACAGUCCUCAACGGACUAAAGGCUGUGGGACUAGACACGACCUACAUCCGACAGCUAGGCCACGAAUACCACACCGCGAAUCGCACCGCUCAAUACGUUGCCGUCAAUGACGCAAACAAGAACCUUGUCAUGGCCAUGGCUGACAUGGGGAUAUUCUCCCACCACUCAUUCCCAGAGUACUGGAAGUCUGCCGUAUCAGGAACCAAGCCCGAGUGGCUUGUCGUGGAUGGCAACUGGAGUGAGAGAGAUAUUCGGGCAUGGUUGAAGGCAGGCCAAGAUCACGAUUGCAAGGUCGCAUUCGAGCCCGUAUCAACGGCGAAGUCGAUGAACCUGUUCUGUCCCCAAAAGGGUCAUCCCCGCCUGCGGGUCUUCCCAGAGCCCACCGUUGACAUUGCUUCGCCAAACAGCUACGAGCUAGCCGCCAUGUACUCUGCAGCGAGCGAAAAUGGGUAUUUCGAAGACCCGGAGUGGUUCGACGUCAUCGAUGCCUUCAAUAUCAGGGCGGGCGCCAGAGACCGCUUCGUCAAGCUCACCUCUGCGGAGCUGACUGAUGCCGGUGUGCCUGUGCAGUCCAUGCAAUUGCUGCCCUACAUCCCUACCAUUGUCACGAAGCUUGGCUCCCAGGGCGUUCUCCUGACCACUGUCCUCGGCCGUGAUGACCCUCGCCUCAAGGAUCGAGAUGCCGAGGAGUUCAUCCUUACGCGAUCCCCGAGUGACCACCCAACUGUGGGCGGUGUGUAUAUGAGGCUCUUCCCCUCCGCAGAGAAGGUCGAUAAUGUGGUCUCUGUCAAUGGAGUUGGCGACACCUUCUUUGGUGUCCUGAUUUCGGGUUUAGCGCAAGGCGGCAAGGUAGAGAACUUGAUCGAUGUGGCGCAGAAGGGUGCCGUGCUCACACUCAAGUCUCAUCAGGCUAAACUCUUCAGAUCUCCGCCCGCAGCGACACGAACAAAAAUGGCACCGCCACAGGACGAAGACAUGUCCGACCGAUCCUCCUCGGAGGCUGAGUCCUCUGAUUCCGAGGACUACAAUCCCAAGAGCAAGCCGACCAUCGCUCUGUACGACAAGGAUUCUGACGAGGAAGAACUCGAGCGGCUGGUCCUGGGCAACAAGGCAAGCUUCCGGGCGCAAUUGUUCAAGGACGACGGACUCUUCGACAGCAGCCGAGGCCCCGAAGGCACGGAGCUCCAGCUGGCCGAGCAAGACACCGCUGGACUGGAGGAUAUUGAAGAUGCAGACCUCUUCAUGUUCGACACCAGCGCCGGUGCUGCUGGUGCCGCUGCCCAGAUUGCGAAGACGGCAAAGACGCAGGAUGGAGAUGCUCCCGCCUGGGAGGACAGCGACGACGACAGGCUGGCAAUCUCUCUCGCCGGCGUCACCAGGCUACGAAAACUAAGGAUUACCGAGGCGGAGGAUCUGGUCAGCGGCACAGAGUACAGCAGGAGACUGCGCAAGCAGUAUCUCCAGCUGAACCCCCUACCGACGUGGGCGCGAGAUGCAGAGGGUCGCCCAAGCAAGAGGCGGCGACGGUCUUCUGCGGCGUCGGAUUCUUCGGACGGCGCUGGCAGCGACUCGGACUCUGACAUCUCCGCGCAACCCCUCGAGAAGUUCCUCCGCGAUGUCAACCGACUGGCCGGUGCGGGAUCGACGACGCAGCGACGACUACGACCCGAGGUCAUUGAUAUCCAGCGAACAAGAGAAAUCCCAGACAAGCACAAGGCUCCAGUCACGACCCUGUCCUUCCACCCCGAAUACCCCGUCCUCCUCUCCUCGAGCACCGCCUCAAUCCUGUACCUCCACCACAUCGCGCCGGCCGCGCACCCUACGCCUAAUCCCCAGUUGACGUCCGUCCAAGUUAAGCAGGUCGAUGUUCGAAGGGCAGAAUUCAUGUACCCCAAGGGUGACAAGAUCUUCUUUGCCGGACGCCGAAAGUACUUCCACCAUUGGGAUCUCCAGUCAGGAACGGUGCAGAAGACGACGCAGAUUCUUGGCCACCGUCUCGAGCACAAGACCAUGGAGCGGUUCAAGUUGAGCCCCUGUGGACGAUACAUGGCCAUUGUUGCCUCCACCAAGAAGGGCGGCGGUAUCAUCAACGUGUUGAACACCAGCUCGAUGCAGUGGAUUGCGGCCGCAAGACUCUCGAGCCGAAACGGCAUCGCGGACUUUGCGUGGUGGAGCACGGGAGAUGGAAUGACGAUCCUGGGCAAGGAUGGCCAGGUGGGCGAGUACAGCAUGGAGAGCCGCUCGUUUAUCGGAGUCUGGCACGACGAGGGCUGCGUCGGUGGCAUUGUCCUGGCCCUUGGCGGCCACCAAGGCCCCAGCACUCUGGGCGACGACCGCUGGGUCGCUAUCGGCUCCAACAGCGGCAUCACCAACAUCUACGACCGCAACGAACUCAUCGAGCCCAAGAACGACGAAUUGGUCAUCAAGGAGCGCCCCACGCCAGCGCGUGUGUUUGAGCAGCUCGUCACGCCCAUCACGCACAUUACCUUCUCACCGGAUGGCCAGCUCAUGGCCUUCGGCAGCCAGCACAAGAAGGAUGCGCUACGACUCGUCCAUCUGCCCACAUGCACCGUGUACCGCAACUGGCCCACGGAGCAGACGCCGUUGGGCAGGAUCUCGGCGGUGGCAUUUGGGCGGCAGAGCGAUUUGUUGGCGGUGGGCAAUGAUACAGGCAAGAUUCGACUGUGGGAGAUUAGGAAUUAG